AUGGCAGAUUCAAGAAAGCCAACAACCUUUUGCAUCCAAAGUUUGAAAUUGAUUUAUACAGAUAGAGUCAAAUAAAAUUUUGUUAGGUUGUUUUGGUGAAUCAUCAGUUGCAAUUCUCCAAUUUGAAAUUUAAACUCAUGAAAAGGGAUCGCAAUCUAGGUAGGUUAGUUGGAAUGAAAAUUGUUUAAGGAAAAUCAAAAAGUUUAGGAUAUGCAUAUAUCAUUAAAAAUUAUAUAUUAAUAGUUAGAUAUCUUUUAAUAUUUAAAUGCCAAAGAUUGUAGAUGUAAUUUUGAAAUAGCACAGCCUUUGA